AUGUUCUUCCUCAUAUUAUCAUUAGUUGGGGCUCACGCAAUCUGCGAUUGGUGCAAGCAUUAUGGUGAGGGUUCACUUAGUUUAGCUCGCAGCGGCGCUUCAAGAGAAACAAUCAAACAGAUGGCUUUAAGUAAAUGCGAUAGCCUCCCAGAUAGUAUCCGCUCAUUCUCCAAGCUUUGCAAGAUGUACGUUAAUAAGAAACUCGAUUCUUUAAUACAAGAUGCUAGGGAACAUCCAAAUUGUGAUGCUCUUUGUUAUUGCCAAAAGAAGCAUUAUUGUUAA